AUGGAGGAACUAUGUACUGUGCCUGUGAACAAUAAUAAUGUGGUAAAUUGUGUCUGUAUUGUGUGCUCUUUAUUAAAAAAAGGAUUUUCAAGUAGAAAUUUUGAAGAGAAAACGGAUAUUAUUAAUUCUAAUAGACUAAAGCGAAGUUUUUCAGCUUUAAAGCGCAUUAAAAGUUUUAUACGAAAUUCAACAAAUGAAGACAUACUCUCUAAUUUAACCCUAAUAUCAAUUGAAAAACAUUUUGUUAAACAGUUAUCAGAAAACCCAAAAUUUUACAACGAUGUUAUAGACAAAUUUGCAGCCAUUGAGGAUAGAUCUUAA